UGCGACACUUGCGGUAAAGGCGUCGCGACAGCCGGAGGAUCAGCUGAUGCUUUCCAGUCCGGCAGAGUCGCCUUGAGGAGGCGAAGGAAGGCGGCCGGGCUGCUGCAGGGGAGCCUGCCUUGCUUCCUUCCUUCUUUCCCAGGGCCAGGUGUGAAAUCAUCAUGGCAGGCAACAGUCUGGUCCUACCGAUAGUGCUAUGGGGACGCAAAGCACCCACACACUGCGUGUCAGCCAUACUACUAAUGGAUGAUGUAUCAAUGAUUGUAACAGGUUGCCAUGAUGGACAAAUAUGUCUCUGGGAUGUCUCUUCAGAUCUAGAAAUAAAUCCUAGAGCCUUGUUGUUUGGUCAUACAGCUUCAGUUACUUGUUUGUCAAAAGCCAGUUCUUCAAGUGAGAAGCAGUAUAUUGUGAGUGCAUCUGAAAGUGGGGAAAUGUGCCUCUGGGAUGUUAACGAUGGAAGAUGCAUUGAAUUUACUAAAUUAGCUUGUACACAUACUGGCAUACAGUUCUAUCAGUUCACCAUUGGGACACAGCGAGAAGGGAGACUGUUAUGUCAUGGUCAUUAUCCAGAAAUUCUCGUUGUCGAUGCUACCAGCCUUGAAGUUCUUUAUUCUUUAGUGUCAAAGAUUUCACCAGACUGGAUCAGUUCCAUGAGCAUUAUUCGAUCUCACCGAACCCAAGAGGAUACUGUUGUAGCUGUGUCUGUGACGGGAAUUCUGAAAGUAUGGAUAGUGACCUCUGAAAUGAGUCAUAUGCAGGAUACAGAACCAAUCUUCGAGGAAGAGUCUAAACCAAUUUACUGUCAAAACUGCCAAAGCAUUUCUUUCUGCGCAUUUACUCAAAGGUCACUUUUGGUAGUUUGCUCUAAAUACUGGAGGGUGUUUGAUGCUGGAGAUUAUUCCCUGUUGUGUUCAGUUCCCAGUGAGAAUGGGCAGACUUGGACCGGAGGUGAUUUUGUGUCAGCGGACAAAGUGAUCAUAUGGACAGAAGACGGUCAAAGUCUUAUCUAUAAAUUGCCAGCCAGUUGUUUGCCAGCUAGUGAUUCAUUUCGCAGUGAUGUUGGAAAAGUUGUUGAAAACCUAAAUCCUCCCCAGCUCCAUUGUGUUGUAGACAGAGCCAUGGAAAAAGAAGAUAAACUGCUGUUAAUCUGUCCUCCUGUUACUCGAUUCUUCUAUGGCCGCAGGGAGUGCUUCCAUAAAUUGCUAAUCCAAGGAGACUCCUCAGGAAGGCUCAGUGUUUGGAGUAUACCAGAUACACUUGAUCAGCAAAAUGUGACAGAAGGAUUAAAAAUAACAACAUCUACUUCUCUACAAGAAGCAUUCAGCAAGCUUGUGCCCCGCCCUGCUGGAAUUAUAGAUCAACUGAGUUUUAUGCCAACUAGUGAUGAGCCGCUUAAAGUGACAGCAAGUGUGUAUAUUCCAGCACAUGGACGACUAGUGUGUGGUCGUGAAGAUGGAAGUAUUGUCAUUGUACCAGCAACUCAAACUGCGAUAGUUCAGCUCUUGCAAGAUGAGCACAUGCGCAGAAGAGGUUGGCCACCUCAUAGGACUUUGCGGGGCCAUCGGAACAAAGUCACCUGUUUGCUAUAUCCUCACCAGGUCUCCUCUCGUUAUGAUCAAAGAUACUUGGUCUCCGGUGGUGUAGAUUUUUCAGUCAUCAUCUGGGACAUCUUUUCUGGGGAAAUGAAGCACAUUUUCUGUGUGCAUGGUGGAGAAAUUACACAACUUUUGGUUCCUCCAGAAAACUGCAGUGCAAGAGUUCAGCACUGUGUUUGCUCUGUCGCCAGUGAUCACUCAGUAGGUCUUUUGAGUUUGCGAGAGAAGAAGUGCAUAAUGCUAGCUUCCCGCCACCUAUUUCCUAUUCAGGUCAUAAAGUGGAGACCAUCAGAUGACUACCUAGUUGUUGGCUGUUCAGAUGGUUCUGUAUAUGUUUGGCAAAUGGAUACUGGUGCGCUUGACCGCUGCGUAAUGGGAAUAACAGCUGUUGAGAUCCUGAAUGCUUGUGAUGAAGCUGUGCCGGCUGCAGUUGAUUCCUUGAGUCAUCCUGCUGUCAAUUUAAAACAGGCCAUGACCCGUCGUAGCCUCGCUGCAUUAAAAAAUGUGGCCCACCAAAAACUUCAGACUCUUGCCACAAACCUCCUAGCUUCAGAUUCAUCUGACAAAGGAAAUUUGCCUAAAUAUUCUCACAACUCUCUGAUGGUCCAGGCUCUGAAGACUAAUGUAACAGACCCAGAUGUCCAUGUACUGUUCUUUGAUGUUGAAGCUCUGAUUAUUCAACUACUAACUGAAGAAGCCUCCAGGCCUAAUACAGCCCUUAUUUCCCCAGAGAAUUUACAGAAAGCAUCUGGCAGCUCUGACAAAGGAAGUUCCUUUUUGGCUGGCAAACGAGCAGCAGUCUUGUUCCAGCAGGUCAAAGAAACAAUCAAGGAAAACAUAAAAGAACAUCUUCUGGAUGAGGAUGAUGAUGAUGAUGAAUCAAAGAGAAGAGAAGACAGCGAUCCAGAGUAUCGGUCAAGCAAAUCUAAGCCACUAACCCUCUUAGAGUAUAACCUAACCAUGGACACAGCCAAAUUAUUUAUGUCAUGUCUCCAUGCUUGGGGCUUGAAUGGUGUUCUAGAUGAGCUUUGCAGUGAUCGCCUGGGAAUGUUGAGACCCCAUUGUUGUGUCUCUUUUGGCUUACUUUCAAGAGGAGGUCACAUGUCUUUGCUGCUUCCCGGAUAUAAUCAGCUUGCAGGCAAAAUGACUUCUAGUGAUGUGGACAUAGGAAAGUCUGUUGCUCUCACAGAGGGACAUAUCAGGGGUACAUAUGGCAUUUCACGUGCAGUAACUACUCAACACCUCCUCUCCAUUAUCUCCCUGGCAAACACGUUGAUGAGUAUGACAAAUGCAACGUUUAUUGGUGAUCAUAUGAAGAAAGGACCAGUCAGACCACCUAGACCAGGGACUCCUGAACUUGCUAAAGUGAAGACUCCUGCUCCAGUUGCUAGUCCAGCAGCUCAAGGGCUGAUUAAACAAGUUGCUCCUGCUGUUUCUGCUAGCAAUGAAGCUGAUCACUCUGGCUCUGACUCUGCUACUCCUUUACAUACCUGUUUCUUAGUAAAUGAAGGAUGGAGCCAGCUUGCUGCUAUGCAUUGUGUUAUGCUCCCUGACCUGUUGGGUCUGGAUAAAUUUAGACCACCUCUCCUUGAAAUGUUGGCUCGUAGAUGGCAAGAUCGAUGCUUGGAGGUGAGAGAAGCCGCCCAGGCCUUGCUGUUAGCAGAACUGAGAAGAAUAGAACAAGUAGGGAGGAAGGAAACCAUUGACAUGUGGGCUCCUUAUUUGCCACAAUACAUGGACAGUGUUAUAUCACCGGGAGUGACCCAAGAAACCAUACAGACUACCACUGUUCCUCCUGAACAAUUGGGACCCGAAACCAAAGUUCAAGAAGAAGAACACGAUUUGCCUGAUGAUGAUGUCUCUGCAGGUUCUCUGUCUGGACUUCCUCAGAUGAAAAAAAUAUCUAUGUCAUAUGAAGAGAGGCGAAAACAAGCCACUGCCAUUGUUCUCCUCGGAGUAAUUGGAGCAGAGUUUGGAGCUGAAAUCGAACCUCCCAAACUACUGACCAGACCACGCAGUUCUAGCCAAAUUCCUGAAGGGUUUGGUUCAACAAGUGGUGGAUCUAACUAUUCACUGGCCAGACACACUUGCAAGGCCUUGACAUAUCUUUUGCUGCAGCCACCCAGCCCCAAACUUCCUCCUCACAGCACCAUCAGAAGAACUGCCAUUGAUCUCAUUGGACGGGGGUUUACUGUAUGGGAGCCUUAUAUGGAUGUGUCUGCUGUGUUGAUGGGCCUCUUGGAGCUCUGUGCUGAUGCUGAGAAACAACUGGCUAACAUCACAAUGGGGCUGCCUCUGAGCCCAGCAGCUGACUCCGCCCGCUCUGCACGACACGCUCUCUCGCUCAUUGCCACGGCCAGACCACCCGCCUUCAUCACAACCAUUGCCAAGGAGGUGCAUAGACAUACUGCUCUCCAGGCAAAUACUCAGUCUCAACAGAAUAUUCAUACAUCAACUCUGGCUCGGGCAAAGGGAGAAAUCCUGAGAGUUAUUGAAAUACUUGUUGAGAAAAUGCCCUCCGAUGUUGUGGAUCUCCUUGUAGAGGUUAUGGAUAUCAUCAUGUACUGUCUUGAAGGUUCACUAGUCAAGAAAAAGGGACUUCAGGAGUGUUUUCCAGCCAUCUGCAGGUUCUACAUGGUCAGCUAUUAUGAGCGGAGUCACAGAAUAGCAGUUGGAUCUCGCCAUGGUUCAGUGGCCCUCUACGACAUCCGGACUGGAAAAUGUCAGACAAUCCAUGGCCAUAAAGGGGCCAUAACUGCAGUGGCUUUUGCUCCUGAUGGACGAUACCUAGCUACUUAUUCCAACACUGAUAGUCACAUUUCCUUUUGGCAGAUGAACACUUCUCUCCUGGGAAGUAUUGGGAUGCUGAAUUCUGCACCGCAACUCCGAUGCAUCAAAACAUACCAGGUUCCACCUGUCCAACCUGCAUCGCCAGGCUCUCACAACGCCCUCCGACUGGCAAGGCUCAUCUGGACUUCCAAUCGCAAUGUUAUUCUUAUGGCACAUGAUGGCAAAGAACAUCGGUUUGUGGUGUAGAGUCAAGGUUUGCAGUGUCCCCACUCCCUUUCUUCCAAAUACAAUUUUAUUUAAAUAUCUCCUCUAUCACUCUUCUCCCUCUUUGUGAUCAUAACACUGGAGGGUCAGUACCAGUUCCCACAAACAUUAUCAAGCAGCAUUGGCCAGGUGGCAUUUAUUCUGCUUGCUUUUCUACAAUAGAGCCCUGCUUAAGCCACACAACUGCCUUGUUAAGCUGUCUGGAAUAUCUUGAUUUUACAAGGGUUGGUUGAGUUUUUUUUUAAUUAAUCAAGUUACAAUAUUUAAGCUGGGCUGAUUCUAAUCACUUUGAGAAUGACUAAAAACAUCCACAGGGUUUCAUUUGAAAAAACCUAGAAAGUAUUUAAUAUCCCGAUGUUUACGAAAAACUACAAUGCAAUGUUUACAUGAAUCUCCUUCCAGCAACUGUUGGAGGAUCACUGAGUUAGGAUUUAUUUUAGGCUAUGCUUCAUGCUUUCAAGGGAGUGGGAUGAAGUGGGUUAUCACAUGCCCCUACAGCUCUCCACGUGUGUUCCUUUGGCAUUUCUUGAUUUACAGGAAAGAAUUGGAUGAUCCCUUUGUGUAUAGGGGCUCCCAGGUGCCCACUCGAGCUGCUGGUUCACAGCAUCAAAGGUUUAUUGUACCUGUCAGACUUGAGAUUUCAUGAGAAAAUAUAUGGGAAAGAGGAUUUUCCAUUUUAGCUUGCUUCCUCAUGUACAUUCCUGAUUGAUUUGGAAAUGAUGACGUAGUUUAAUAAGUGAAGAGAAAAUUUUAUGUUUCUUAUGUCAGGGAAGAGAAAGAUCAGCUGCAUUAUUAUUAUUUUUAAUGAAAAUUACAAGGUUACAAAGAGAGGAUGGGGAUGAAUAUCAAUGUUUGGCUUGCUGCUACUCUAGAUAUUAGUGUCUGCAAGUAGAUUUUCUUGCACAGAUUGUGCUUGCACUGGGCCUGUGGAGAAAAUAAAGGUCCCUCACAACUAGACCACUGAAUGUUAUUGCGGUACAAACUCAUGAUGCAGAGUAGUUUAAACAUUGUAAUUUCACUGGAAAACAAAUACUUUAAGCACUGGAAGCAUUUGGUGAAGCGCAUCACUGCUUGCUACUGCAGAAAGCAUAACUAUAUGUUAACUUACGGUUCCAUUUUAAUACAUUGAUAUCUUUUUCUUAACAAGAAGGUCAUCUGUAAUUAUGUUCACAUAUCUGAUAUGUUUUGUGCAUUUAAUUUUGUCUGAAGAGAACCUAGCUUUUGAUCAUAGGACAGCGGAGAAAACAGAAUAUUAGACAUUUUAUUUAAAUGCAAACACAUCUGAUUUUUGUCUUGUAUCCUAUUUGCUAUGAAUCUGCAAGGCAAAGAAGAGAGCAUGAUCUUAAUGUAUGCCAAAUUCUGAACAAUUUAAAAAUUCAAAUUCAAAAAUGGAACUUGAUAAAAAAAAAAGAAAUUCAAAAAUAUCACUUGGUAAAGAAAGGGUUGCUUCUAACCUGAAAAUAUUGGGUGCUUUCUUUGAAGUACAACUUUUUUUCCUCAUUAAAAUUAAUGGAAAUUGUGCAAGAGCAGUUCGGCAUCCUUGCACUCGUCCCACUUUUUUCAGUGGGAAUUGCAUCAGAGCAGUUCCUCUAGUUUGCAUACAUUGAUUUUUUUUGUUAAACAACUUGGUGGUCUAUUUAAUACAGUGAACAUGUAAGUAGGAUUACAUAGGCUACAAUCAACAUAUCUAUCUACUUCAGAUUUUAAGAGCAGAGCAAGACCACUAGGAAUAUUUAUCUCAUAGUGCUAUACAUUUAUAUUGUUUUUAACUAUUGCAAAGCAUAAGUAGUGUGUUUGGUGAUGGUAACAAUUCUGUUGUAGAAUUUCAACAUUUGUUUUAAGUGAGCCAUUGCAGCGUGCAUGUAGAUUGUAUUUAUCAAAAGUGGAUGUGAAUUUUUUAAAAAAAAAAUUGAACAUGAACACAUUUGUUUAUUAAAUCAAAAUAUUGUAAUGUCAUAAAUGAAGAAAACCCUUCUUGUGAAUUUCCAUGUAGACAUUCCAGGGUCAUAUUUACUUCUUCCUUUGAUACACACACCUAUAUUUUGCCUUUCAUUACAGUUUCUUCAGUUCAAACCUCCAUGGAACUCCUUUGCUCAGGGCUCUGUGCGAUCAGGAAACUGUGUGUCAUUUCAGUGCUGGCUAAUACCCCUUAUGUGCAGUGGGAUGUCAUAUAAAGGCUACUUCCCAGGAUGGAGAGAAAGAGCAGCUCCACGUUGGCCUACUAGGGACAAAACUAUAUUACACUAAUCACAGGGUUAAAUCCAGUGUUAGUCCUGCCUAGAUUGGACCUCCUCAAGGGAUUUAUUUUGGUCACAAUUGACAUUAAGGUCCCACUGAUUUCAGUGCAUCUGCUGUAGGUUUGACCAGUAUUGAAUUUAGUUUAGGGCUCCCACUGAAAAUCUCAUCUCAAAAACACAAUUUCUUGUGCGUCUUCUAUCAAGAAAGUUAUUUUGUGCUUUGAGGGGUCUAAAGAUAUUUAGAAGACCUUAUGUAAGAUUAAAUCUUCUGUGGCUAUGUUACACAUGGCAGUCUGUAGCUAUAAAAAUAAAAUCAGGCUUUUGAACCACUAGGAAAGCUAGUCUACAUGAAGUUAUUUAAACAGAAGAAUCAAUAUUUAUGUACUAGGAACUGCAACAAUUCUCAAUGUUCUGAGUGGGGGCGCUGGGAGUGGGAGAAGGAAUAUCUUCAUUGAAAUGAAUGGAAGAGGUGCCACCUAGUACUUCGUAGAUUUUUACCUUGGAUUCCCUUAACAUCCACAUAUGCAAAUUUGAGUGACUCUCUCAGCCCUCACUGCAAAGUUCAUCACAUCUUAGAUCUUUCAGCACUGCAGUAAAAUUUGUAUUGUCAUUCCAGUGUAAGCUUUUAGUGUUUUAUUGAUUUGUUUAGUACUGUAUUUGGAUUUGUCCUUGUAAAUGUAGAGGCGUACGUGGCUUCAUUGGCAGUUUACAAGCAAAAGAUGACAUGAUGAGACACCUGUAUGAAAUCGUUGUCAUGACUAUCGUUGCAGUGUAUGGUAACUGAUUAAAAUGUCUGCCUUGAAAAAAUGACUUGACAAUUCCACUUACUGGCUCCUGCAUGUAACCGAAGGGUCAUGUGUAUAGACUAUCUCUGAAAUAAAUACUAAAUUGGACUAAAGAA